CGCGCGGUGCUGCGGACCAAGAACUCGAUUCUAUAUAUAUAUACACUUUAUAUAUAUAUUUUUGGAUCCCGACAAAGAGAUCUUGAAGUGCCGCGAAGUUGUAUUUUUUUUCGGGUAUCUUUUUUUUAACAGUGCACAUCGAGAAGUCUAUAAUUAAAUAUUGUUUAUUGGCCGUUAAAUCGGCGGAUGAGAAGGAGAACUCCCUGGAUGUCAAUAGCGAUCAUGCCUCGCCUGCCCAUCACAAUUGUUCUCUCGAUUCUGCUCACACUUGCUUCUAAUGCGGCAGAAGAUGCCAAAGGAGCAACAAGGACAACAACAGAAACCACACGAACGGGUAUCGGCACGAAACCGGAAACAGAACACGGAGCGGAGGCGGAAGCGCCUGUUCGUGAAGUGAUAUCGCUCCUGGGCGAUAUCGAAUCGGUUAUCUUGGUUCCCAACUCCGAUGACAAGUGUCCCGGUGGCUAUUUCCACUGCAACACCACGGCACAAUGUGUUCCACAGCGGGCCAACUGCGACGGAAGUGUCGACUGCGACGAUGCCUCCGAUGAGGUCAACUGCGUAAACGAGGUGGACGCUAAGUACUGGGAUCAUUUGUACAGGAAGCAGCCAUUUGGCAGACAUGAUAACCUUCGCAUUGGCGAGUGCCUGUGGCAAAAUGAAAACUUUAGCUGUCCUUGUCGAGGGGACGAAAUCCUUUGUCGAUUUCAACAGUUAACCGUUAUACCAGGACGAUUACCGAAGCAUGAUCUGGCAACGCUCGAUCUAACGGGAAACACUUUCGAAACCAUUCACGAGACCUUCUUCAGUGAACUGCCAGACCUGGAAAUGUUAGUACUAAAGUUCUGCUCAAUCCGUGAGAUUGCCUCGCAUGCUUUCGAUCGACUGGCGGACAACCCACUGAGGACCCUUUAUAUGGACGAUAAUAAAUUACCGCAUCUGCCGGAACACUUCUUCCCCGAGGGCAAUCAAUUGAGGAUUCUAAUUUUGGCACGCAACCGACUGCAUCACCUGAAACGCAGUGAUUUUCUGAAUCUACACCAGCUGCAGGAGCUGGAUCUGCGUGGCAAUCGCAUUGGAAACUUCGAAGCCGAAGUGUUUGCCCAUCUAACGAGCUUAGAAUUUCUCUAUCUCAAUGAAAAUCACUUGAAGCAUUUGGAUUCAGAUAGCUUUCCGAGAACCCUGCUCAAACUGCACACUUUGUCCUUGGCCCAUAAUCAGAUCGAGGACAUUGCCGCCAACACUUUUCCCUUUCCACGCCUGAAACACUUAUUUCUGGCUGGCAAUCGAUUAUCCCACAUACGAGACGAAACCUUCUGCAAUCUCAGCAAUCUACAAGGAUUACAUCUAAAUGAAAACCGCAUCGAAGGAUUCGACCUGGAGGCCUUCGCCUGUUUAAAGAACCUGAGCUCCCUGCUGUUAACGGGCAAUCGUUUCCAGACCCUCGAUCCGCGAGUCCUAAAGAACCUGAGCAGCCUGGAUUAUAUUUACUUCUCGUGGUUCCACUUGUGCAGCGCCGCCAUGAAUGUCCGGGUCUGCGAUCCACAUGGCGAUGGCAUCAGCAGUAAGUUGCAUCUGCUGGACAAUCAGAUAUUGAGGGGCAGUGUCUGGGUGAUGGCCUCCAUUGCCGUGGUGGGCAAUCUAUUGGUCUUGCUCGGACGCUAUUUCUACAAGUCACGGAGCAAUGUGGAGCACUCGCUCUACCUUCGCCAUUUGGCCGCCAGUGACUUCCUCAUGGGCAUUUACCUGACGUUGAUUGCCUGUGCGGACAUUAGUUUCCGCGGCGAGUACAUCAAAUACGAGGAGGCCUGGCGGCACAGCGGUGUCUGUGCGUUUGCAGGCUUCCUCAGCACCUUUAGUUGCCAAUCGUCGACGCUGCUACUAACAUUGGUCACCUGGGAUCGUCUGAUGUCGGUGACGAGGCCCCUCAAGCCCCGGGAUACCGAAAAAGUUCGAAUUGUCCUUCGCCUUUUAUUACUAUGGGGCAUAAGCUUUGGAUUGGCUGCAGCUCCACUACUUUCCUAUCCCUACUUUGGAAACCACUUCUAUGGAAACAAUGGUGUCUGCCUGUCACUGCACAUCCACGAUCCCUACGCAAAGGGCUGGGAGUAUUCAGCGCUACUUUUCAUCCUGGUCAACACUUUGUCUCUGGUUUUCAUUCUCUUUUCCUACAUAAGGAUGUUGCAGGCGAUACGAGAUUCCGGUGGCGGAAUGCGAAGCACUCACAGCGGACGAGAGAACGUGGUAGCAACUCGCUUUGCUAUCAUUGUGACCACCGAUUGCGCCUGCUGGCUGCCUAUAAUUGUGGUCAAAGUGGCUGCCCUCUCAGGCUGUGAGAUCUCGCCUGAUUUAUAUGCCUGGCUGGCGGUGCUGGUGCUGCCCGUGAACUCCGCUCUCAAUCCGGUACUCUACACAUUGACCACGGCGGCUUUUAAGCAGCAGCUGCGACGCUAUUGUCACACUUUGCCCAGUUGCUCGCUGGUGAACAAUGAGACCCGAUCACAAACCCAGACGGCAUAUGAAUCCGGGCUAAGUGUUAGCCUCGCCCAUUUGGGCGGCGGAAUUGGUGGCGGAUCGGGACGAAAACGAAUGUCCCAUAGACAAAUGAGCUAUUUGUAAGGGCCGAAAUCUGGCCAAAACUGGAGCACGAGAUCAACAGACUUACAUUUAAAU